CACGCAUAUGGACGAUUGAUUAUGUCUGGAAGAGUGUGUCCAGUAUAGCUAGUCGAUGCAUAUCUAGCGUAUACGAUGACGAAACAAGUGGCCAAAUAUCAUCAGCUUUUAUACGCACAUCAUUGAAGUCGAUUUUAAUCAAAGAAUCAAUACAAAAGUGGACGGUCCUGGAUGACAAUAACUGCGAAAUAUGUAUGGUUAAUGGACAAUUGGAAAAAGAAAAUAUUUCCUUUCGCCGAGUAUCGGAAAUAAAUCAUUCUGACUGCGCAACAAAAAUCAAAAUAUGUUGUGCCUGCAUGAAGAAUUCGUACGUUAAUCCAGUCAAGUGUCAAGAGUGCGAUAACGUGAUCAAAUCUAUCAUAGGAGAUGGAUGGGGCGCCAUCUUAAUAGCUGGAUUCGACGAAGACAACAAUUCGUUUCGAAAUGAUGUGAAGAUGUUUGCUCAUGCUAUAUCAUCGAAAGUUCUACCAUCGAUGUGUGUAAGCACUGUGAUCACAAUUGAUUCGGCAACGCAAACAUCAGAACCUGUGUCAGUCCGGAUUGAUGAUGCAUUUAAGACGAUUAUGAGACACAAUGUUCACACGUUGGUGUUUCUCUACUCAGGACACCACAACAAAGACGGAUUUAAAGUUGGCAUGAAUGAAUAUGUCAGCAUGCAACACAUUAACAGAAAAAUACAAAAAUGUACACACGUUGAAAAAGUCAUAGCUUUCGUGGAUUGUUGCCAGCCAGAAAUUAUCAGAGUAAAAGAAGAACAAUGUCUCAUUCAAUUCAACGCAACUGCGAGUACGGAUACGGCUAUAUCUUUACGAAACGAAGGAAGUCCGUUUACGAAGUUGUUGGUACAGGCUUUCACGAUGAAAGCUUCAGGUGGCACAUGUGCUUUGCCGCAUUGUGAAUGUCGCAUAGAUGGACCCUUUAUAACAAUCGAUUCAUUAUCGCAUUACAUUGAGAUACACAGACAAAACGGACUUCUGCGUGGCAUGGAACCUGAAAAGAGCUUGAUCAAAAUUAAUUGGCAAAAUGAAUGCCUUGCCUACAAUUACUCAUACAAAGUGGCAUUUCGUUUCGAAAUUGUACUUCCUACACCGUUUACGUCAAAAUACACAUACGAGGUUUUGGCAACAACUGUGAACGACUAUGAUGUCCUGAUGCAAACGAUUCUAUUUCCGAGAUUUGCUGACUUAUUGGGAGAACAACUUAAUGUGCAUCAAAAGUCAAUGUCACAUGCAGACAAGAAUGCCGAUUGCUUGUGCAUUGUUUAUGAUACGGGUGCCAAAUGUUGUGAAGAAGUAGACAACAUAGAAAAACUUGUGCUUGCUUGGAACUCGAAGCGUUUGUUGUGCUGCAAGCUACGAUUCUCACUGACAGGCAAUUAUCAUAAACCGUCCGGUUUUUUCUUGAAAAACGGUAAAUCUGUCAAGGAUUGCAUGCAUGAAAAGAAAGAAUUUGAGUUGACAGAAAUGGAGAGUUUCAUAAAGGAUUUACAAGAUAAAGGGAAUAAGUGCGACACUGACACAGAACAAGCUUUAACCGUUUUCAUUUCAAACAUGUCUUCAUUUAUUCAUGGCUGCAAACGGAACAAGCUGAAGCAUCAAAGAAUACAAAUUCGCUUCAUUGAUCUCUUUGAUGAAUGUACAAGCUGCGUGGUUCAACUUUUGCUUGUCAAUCCAGGUUCUGUUGUGAACAGAUUGAAGAGCACAGACGUCAGUCCCAGUCACACAUUAGUACAAGGAAAUCCCAGUUCCAUCAGUUCACUAUCCCAGUCGAGGCCAUUCACCCUGGAGCUGAUCGUGUCAUUGAAUCUAUCAAAGUUUGAAGACACUAUACGCGACUCUUAUCUCACUGGAAUAGACUUCCUGUCGGACGGAAGACUGUCUAAGAACACGUUAGUACUGACUGACAGGCUUGCUCACACAGUGUAUAUGUACGACACCGUGAAGGGAACGUCUAGAGCAGUCACUAAUGGGAACAUACAGGGACCACGUGGUGCCUGUGUCGGACCAGGUGAUACGGUCAUGGUGUGCAGUAAAAAUAUGAACUCUGUUGUGCACCUGACUGUAGACGGUGACUUCCUGUGUACAUACCCCGUGGAUAUGAAGCUCCCGUGCAGCAUAUGUGUGUCUAGGGAUAGGACUAGGCUGGCGGUGUCCAACAGCGCUAAAGGUGCCUCUAAACUUCAGCUAUAUAAAAUACAACACACACUCAAUAACUAG